GACGCCAUCUUUACACAAGUGCUACCGGUGGCUAUUUGGUUACAGUGGGGAAGCUGCUAUCGCUCCACCAGGAAUCACCAAUUGGGACCUACGACCAACGAUAAACCGUCUGUUUCAGGACAUUAUCGAUAACUAAACACCGACGGCCAUGGCAGACCGGGAAAACGCAGUAUAUCAGGCUAAAUUGGCCGAGCAAGCAGAAAGAUACGACGAAAUGGUGAAGUCCAUGAAGAACGUGGCUGGCAUGGACGUGGAGCUGACGGUGGAGGAGAGGAACCUGCUGUCGGUGGCCUACAAGAACGUGAUCGGUGCCCGUCGAGCCUCCUGGAGGAUCAUCAGCAGCCUGGAACAGAAGGAGGAGAGCAAGGAGGGCGAGGGCAUCAUCAAGAUGAUCCAGGAAUACAGGCAAUUGGUGGAGACGGAGCUGAAGACUAUCUGCAAGGACAUCCUGGAUGUCCUGGACAAGCACCUCAUUCCAUCAGCCAACACGGGAGAGUCCAAAGUCUUUUACUAUAAAAUGAAGGGGGACUACCACAGGUACCUGGCUGAGUUCGCCACGGGCAACGACCGGAAGGAGGCGGCCGAGAACAGCUUGGCGGCCUACAAGGCUGCCAAUGACAUCGCUGCAGAAGGCCUGCCACCCACACACCCGAUCCGCCUCGGUCUGGCGCUCAACUUCUCAGUUUUCUACUACGAGAUCCUUAACUCGCCUGACCGCGCCUGCAAGCUGGCAAAGACAGCGUUUGACGACGCCAUUGCGGAGCUGGACACACUGAGUGAGGAGAGCUACAAGGACUCCACGCUCAUCAUGCAGCUGCUGCGCGACAACCUGACACUAUGGACCUCAGACAUGCAGGCAGACGGCGAAGAACAGAACAAGGAGACAGUGCAGGAUGCAGAGGAGGAGGCGGCCCAGUGAGACGACAUGCAACGACAAAACAAAAAAUUACUCCUUAUUCCUUCCAAUCUUUUUUGUUUUAAAUUUUUUCAUCGAUUUCUUUCUCCUCCAUUCCCGUCCCUCCAAGAUGUCUGCCACCUUCCGUGUUACACCACAUUGUUCCCCUCCUCCCCUCCACUCCCUCACCAUCCACCCGGGGGGCCAGACUUUAGAGGGCCGAGCCAGGUGUCUUGCAUGCCACCGGGACUCGCUCACUCUAGCUGUGUUGGUGCCCAAAUGCCAAAAGUUUUUUAUUAUUCUAAUUAUUUAGAGCUCAUUUAAUGCCACCAACAACCGUUAGGCUACUACCCCUCUCAGGGCUUCUCCAUUUUAUUUGUAUCUUUUUCUUUUUUUCUUUCUUUUUUUUUUAACAUUGCACUGGUAUACCUGCCAGUUAAAUACAUACGGAAGGAAAUCAUAAGAUCAAUGUUACGGUAUAUUUGUCCUCUCCCAAGUUUGUUUGUUUAAUUCUACCCUUUGAGUCGUUUCCAGCUUAAUCCUGCCGGGUUCCUGUAAUGUCCCCUUUACACACACACACACACACACACACACACACACACACACACACACACACACACACACACACACACACACACACACACACACACACACACACACACACACACACACACACACACACACACACACACACACACACACCCCUUCGUUGCUUUCACAUUGCUGAAUAUGUCUUGCCAAUUAUGUCCACCUGUAUCAUGCAUGUGUGUACGCAACAAGAGGAAGAAAAGAUAAUGCUAAGAAAAAAAAAAUAUACGUGUAUGUGUGAGAAGGCGAGACCAUUUGUCUUUAUUCUGGAAAAUGUAAGGGGUGAAUGUGGGGAAAAAGAGGUGACGAGUGGUUUGAUUAAAGAAAAAGGGAUCCACUGUACGUUUAGCUUUCAGUAAAGUAAACCAAGGCCCUGCUUAUUCUUCGGUUGUCCAUUCUAACUUUUUUUUUUUUUUUUUUUUCAUUCUUGGCAUAGAAAUGAUUCUUAUUCUUCAUAACACUAGUGGUAUUCCCCUACCCUCCACCCCUGCUCCAUCCUGUAUCCUACUCCACACUGUUUUACCCUUUUGCUCUUAUGUGGCUGCUGAGUUUCACCUCUGGGUCAAGCAUUUCACUACAAGGCUGUUGCGCUUAUUGCUUAUGGCAGCUUGCUCACUAAUGACUUGUUUAGAUGGAAGUAAAAAAAACAACAACGAUAUAUAUAUCAAACAAACCAGUUUGAACUAUUCUGACUAGUGUAAUGCAUUUCUGUAUUGGCACUUUGGUGGAGGGGGGGUGGGGGGGGGGGAAAGAGACCUGCAGAAAAUCCCACUCCCAUGACUCUUGCUAUUUCACGUUUUUCCUUCUGUUUUGAACCGUCUCUUCCUCGUAUAUUUGCUUGACCUGUGUUUCUCACUUCUGUUUUCUCUCAGUUAGUGUAACGUGAAUCUUGAUUUGUACUACUGACGGGAGCCACAAGCACCAUCUGUAUUCUUACUGAAACACAGCAUGGAAAUUAACAAUAAACUUGAAAAAGAAAAAUUUAA